CUUCACUUUAACUGACAACGGCUUUCAGUUUUUACACUUCAACUGACACCAAUUCCUUUCAGGACUUCACUUCAACUGACAACGGCUUUCAGUUUUUACACUUCAACUGACACCAAUUCCUUUCAGGACUUCACUUCAUCUGACACUUUUGGCUCCUUUUAUCACUUCAACUUCAAUAUUCAGAGCUUACACUUCAACUACCUUCACUUUUUGAGCUUCAACUGACUCUUCAACUUCACCCAGCUCUUACUUAAUUAAACUAACAAAACACAAAUGUACGUAAUUCAGCUUCAACUUAUGUUAGCACCUCUAUUUAGUACGACCACUUCAACUUCUUUCAGUCUUUCAACUUUAGCUGCAAUUUUCAUUUUUUUAUUAAUAAUUUUUUCUAGUUUUUAUUCACAGUGUCAGAUCAUUUUAUUACUUUAUUUAUUUAUAUUUAUUUGUGCUGACACUGAAAAUGUCCCAAGAGUUCAUGAUGUCCUUCAGAGGACUGUCGGGAAGCAGUAAACCUGGGUGUGUUUGUGUAAAACAAUAACAACCAUAACAAACGUUUAGGUGUUCAGUGUUGCUGUUGGUACCUGUGGACAGGUGAGAGGGGAGGCGGAGGAGGAAUAAAAGCCGGCCCACUUACAGAUCAGACUUUACAGCUUUUCUUCUCCUGAAUACGACGGUGCCAAAGUUCAGCUCUCACAAACUCGGGACAAUAGACAGAAAGAAGACACUGAACUAGAUGUCCUCCGGCAGCUUCAUCUUACAGUGUGUGAGACAAACACCUGAGACUAGAUUCCUUCCGUUGGCGAUGCCAUACUGACACCUCAGAAGUCACCAUCAGGUUUAAUCGAGUCGGAGCAACAUGGCGACCAGGAAGGCCGAGGUGCAGCGAAGGAUCGUGUCGAAGGACGGCCACAACAACGUGCGUAUCGACAACGUGGAGGGCAUGGUGAAGCUCUACCUGCACGACAUCUGGACCACCGUGGUGGACAUGAAGUGGCGCUACAAGCUCACUCUGUUCGCCUCCACCUUCGUCAUGACUUGGUUCAUCUUCGGGGUCAUUUUCUACUUCAUCGGCAUGGGCAACGGAGACUUCGAACCCGGCCUGAGCGCCAACCGCACGUCCUGCGUGGUGAACGUGGAGACGCUCACCGGAGCCUUCCUGUUCUCUCUGGAGUCGCAGACCACCAUCGGCUACGGUUUCCGUUACAUCUCGGAGGAGUGCCCUCUGGCCAUCUUCACCCUGGUGGCUCAGCUCGUCAUCACCGGCCUGGCCGAGAUCUUCGUCACCGGCGCGUUCCUCGCCAAGCUGGCUCGCCCCAAGAAACGAGCGGAGACCAUCAAGUUCAGCCAGUCGGCGGUGAUCUGCCGGCGCCAGGGCCAGCUGUGUCUGAUGUUGAGAGUGGCCAACAUGAGGAAGAGCCUCCUGAUCCAGUGCCAGCUGACGGGGAAGCUCCUCCACUCCAACGUGACGGAGGAAGGCGAGAAGACGCAGAUCCACCAGAGCUCCGUGGACUUCGUCAUGGCCUCCAGCAGCGAGUGCCCCUUCCUCAUCCUCCCGCUCACCUUCUACCACGUCCUGGACGAGCACAGCCCGCUGGCGGGACUCAACGCCGAGAACCUGCACACCCGCGACUUCGAGCUGCUGGUGACCCUCAACGCCACCAUGGAGUCGACGGCCGCCACAUGCCAGAGCCGCACCUCCUACGUCCCUCAGGAGAUCCUCUGGGGUUACGAGUUCAAGCCGGUGCUGUUCAGCACCACGGGCGGACGCUACGUGGCUGAUUUCAACUUCUUUGACAAAGUGCAAGUCAGCAACGACGCAACGUUCCUCAGCAACAACACGGAGAAGCUCAAACUGGAGGAGGACUAUAAGAAAGAAUAGAGAGCUCCAGAGGCCAACCUGGAAGUUAGCAUCGCCAUGGUUACCUCGACAAAGAGCCAAUGGGAUUGUUCCAUUCCUCAUUUAGCCGCUUGUUAGCUACCAACUUUUUAAGACACAUUCAGGCUUCAAACUUCACAAGUGGGGUAUCUAUUGAUGUAUUUAAUGUCGUAGAACAAAACUUAAAACAUCUCUAAAGCUCGUGUUAACCACAGACCUUAUUACAGGCAUCUAAAUACCCCUUUCACACCAAUGAAUUCAGAUACGACCUGAGUCACAACCCCCAACCUCUCGACCUCCCUGGGUCGCGGCGAAGCAGAGUCGGUCAACGUGGGUUAACCCUUUCAAACACACAAUCAACCCUGUUUGAGUCGUUGGUGUGAAAGGGAUGAACCUGGAAAUGAGCACGAUGUGUCUCCUUCAACAGUAGAAUCCCCAUCUCCCUUUACUGAUAAUAAUAAACCAAAGUAAAUACACUAACUUACAGAACAAACAGAUACAGAACAUACAGCUUGGGAUUUUUAUAUGACUUUAUAGAUGUGCUAAAAGCCACUAUGGUGACAACAAGGGGUAGGAAAUCAGAUUGUACAUGACAUGAUUCCUGGGAACGAAUGUAAACUAGUUGUUUAUGUUAUUAAGAUGGAUGGAUAGAUGAUGAUGAUGAUGGUAUAAUAAUAAAACACUGGGUGCUAGAAAACAGGGUUUGUUUUGUAAAUAAAGAUUUCUUCAUGA